CGCUGUUGGACUUGACCAUUGAAAUGGUGGACGGGGUAGAAUAAUGGAUAUUCUGUAGACCGGGUGAAAAUUCAAUCUCGAUUUCACUUGCCCAUGAGACUUCUUCCACUAGUCGUGGGAGGGAUAGAGUAGUUGAUAAUGUAGUUGAUAGUGCAGUGAUGGUGAAAACGGAGGAGGACCGACCGGAGAGUCGGCCAGCUAAUAGCAGAGCGGGCCAUCAACAUUUUCUCCGCUGGGCACACACAUUGGACCCAAGGAUUCAAUCCUGCCCCUCCCCAGCUCUUCUUCCUAGUCUCUCCCUCUUUUUCUCUCUCCUUCUCCUCUCCCUCUCCGCUCACCGGCUUCCUCUCUCUGGACAUUCACCCCUCGUCCUAUUUUUCUUUUCUUCCCCCUUUCCCCAUCAUUUGAUUCUUCUUAAUCUCUACGACCUGCUAUCUAUCCCCCAUCCUCCCUUACCUUCCCCUCCAUCCACUUCCACUUACCUCACCCACCCACCCACAUCGACCGAAUCAUCCGUGCAAGAUGGCGGCCAGCACCUCCCUCGAUCAUUUGAGCAACCGUAUGAAGCUGGAGUGGCUCUCCAAGCUGAACACGGAGAUGGUUCCUGCGAAGAACUUCCGCCGCACCUCCAUCAUUGGCACCAUCGGCCCCAAGACAAACUCGGUGGAGAUGAUCAACGCCCUCCGCAGAGUCGGUCUCUGUGUGGUUCGCAUGAACUUCUCGCACGGCUCGUACGAGUACCACCAAUCCGUUAUCGAUAACGCCCGCGAGGCCGCCAAGACCCAGACCGGUCGUCCCCUGGCCAUCGCCCUGGAUACCAAAGGACCCGAGAUCCGUACCGGUAACACCCCCGGGGACAAGGACAUCCCCAUCAAGGAGGGCCAUGAGCUCAACAUCACCACCGACGAGCAGUAUGCCAACAGCAGCGACGAUCAGAACAUGUACCUGGAUUACAAGAACAUCACCAAGGUGAUCGCCCCGGGCAAGCUCAUCUAUGUUGACGACGGUAUCCUUUCGUUCGAGGUGCUCGAGGUCGUGAACGACCAGACUCUGCGUGUCAAGUGUCUGAACAAUGGCAACAUCUCCUCUCGUAAGGGUGUCAACCUGCCCGGCACGGACGUCGACCUGCCCGCUCUGUCCGAGAAGGACGUCAGCGAUCUGAAGUUUGGCUGCAAGAACCAGGUCGACAUGAUCUUUGCCUCUUUCAUCCGUCGUGGAAGCGACAUCCGCCACAUCCGCGAGGUCCUCGGUGAAGAGGGCAAGGAGAUCCAGAUCAUCGCCAAGAUCGAGAACCAGCAGGGUGUCAACAACUUUGACGAGAUCCUCGAGGAGACGGACGGUGUCAUGGUCGCCCGUGGUGACCUGGGUAUCGAGAUCCCCGCCCCCAAGGUCUUCAUCGCCCAGAAGAUGAUGAUCGCCAAGUGUAACAUCAAGGGUAAGCCCGUCAUCUGCGCCACGCAGAUGCUGGAGUCCAUGACGUACAACCCUCGUCCCACGCGCGCCGAGGUGUCCGACGUUGCCAACGCCGUCCUUGACGGUGCCGACUGUGUCAUGUUGUCGGGCGAGACUGCCAAGGGCUCCUACCCCAAAGAGGCUGUGAAGAUGAUGUCCGAGACCUGUCUGCUCGCCGAGGUGGCCACCCCUCACUUCAACGUCUUCGAUGAGCUGCGUAACCUGGCCCCUCGUCCCACCUGCACGGUGGAGUCGAUCGCCAUGGCUGCGGUCAGCGCCAGUCUGGAGCUCAACGCCGGUGCGAUUGUUGUCUUGACCACCAGUGGCCACACCGCUCGUCUCGUUUCCAAGUACCGCCCGGUCUGCCCCAUCUUGAUGGUCACCCGUAACGCGCGCGCCUCGCGGUACUCUCACUUGUACCGGGGUGUCUGGCCCUUCCUGUUCCCCGAGAAGAAGCCCGACUUCAACGUGAAGAUCUGGCAGGAGGAUGUCGACCGCCGUCUCAAGUGGGGUAUCUCUCACGGCCUCAAGCUCGGCAUCAUCAACAAGGGCGACAACAUCGUUUGCGUUCAGGGCUGGCGCGGCGGCCAGGGCCACACCAACACCGUCCGUGUGGUGCCCGCCGAGGAGAACCUCGGUCUUGCUGAAUAAAUCGGCGACGGCGAUACCACCACGGGUGGGUUCAUAUGGUAACGACAACGAUAUGGCAGUAGGCGCCGGGGGCGUGUCUUGAACCGUAGUAGACAGGUCGCUGUGUGGGACGAAGGUGACAAACAACAAAAAACCGCGACAUGCUCUCCGCUCCAGCUGGACAGUUUUGCUGCGAUUGGACAUGCGAGACGCAGUGUGCGCGGCGGCGAAACACGAAACAUACCCCGAUUUAUCCGUGUACUUGGCGACCAAGAGGGGGGAGACCCAGGCCCGUAAUCCGGGGCCGGGUGAUUGACCCCGGGUCGGUAUUCAUUGCGAGUUAGGCGUUAGUGCAGCCAGCCAUCAUCACGAUGGCUUUUUAGCGAUCCAAAAGCUAGGAGAUCAAAUCAAGUGAUUUAAUAUGAUCAUUAGUUCGGCUUGAGUUAGUAACGUCCGUAUGAAUGUAUGCCUCAAUCCAUAGACAGG